UUUAAUGCCUUUUGUUCAGGCAUUAGCGGGGGGUCUCAGUCGUGGAAAAAGCGCCAAGUUCUACAGUCGCGGUUGUCAAGUUUGUGUAUAUUCAAAACGAAACCUCAUCGUAUUUUGCGAAAAUGUAACGCGUGCAUAAUAAGAUUCCUUAGUGAAUUGUUAAAAUGCCUGGACUGCAUAGUGAAGGUGGAGUGGUGGCUGCAGUUGGCAGUCCUGUGAAGAAGAGCAAACUUUCUCUAAAGUUCUUCCAGAAGAAGGACACCAAACGAGCCUUGGACUUCUCAGAGGCUCCGACAGAAGAGAACAGCACUGCAGAACCAGAGGAGACUGCUAAGUAUGGAAGUCAUGAACAGGUUGUGCCACUGCCUUGCCCUACAUCUCCUCUCACUUGUGAGAAGCGUGAGAGCCUGGUCCCCUUCGUUGGGCUUAAUAAUUUGGGGAACACUUGCUAUCUGAACAGCAUCCUUCAGGUCUUAUAUUACUGCCCUGGUUUUAAAGAGGCUAUCAAAUCUUUGUUUCACUUGGCUAAGAUGAAAGACAGACAGAAUGAAGAUGCCAAAAAUGAGGGGGACACUGGUGAGAACACCCUACCUGUUCCCAUGGAGCUGCUGGGUAGUUUCCACAGCCUUAUGUCUUCUGUGGAACAGCUGCAAUCUAGCUUUCUGCUUAACCCAGAAAAAUACAGCGACGGAGAGCUUGCCACACCACCUCGCAAGCUACUUAACACACUCAGACAGCUUAAUCCCAUGUAUGAGGGUUACUUGCAGCAUGAUGCACAGGAGGUGCUCCAGUGCAUCCUUGCUAACAUCCAGGAGGCCUGUGACAAUAUUAAAAAAGAGCAAACGGACAACCAAAAGGACAGCACAAUGAGCAAUGGAAUGGGAGAGUCUAACCACGAGGAUGAUGGCCAGUUGAGUGGAAAGAGGAAGAGCGACACAGAAGCAGGCAAUGCUAAGAAAAAAACGAAAUCUCAAAGCAAAUCAAAGAAAAGUGAGGAAAACGUGCCUAUGACACGCUCAAAACGAAAGUCCUCCAGCGACAUAACCCCAGAGAGUUCUGACCAGAGGAAUGGAACUGAGGAGCAAGAGGAAAAAGAGCAAGAGAAGGAUAGAGGGAGCACUACAGAGGACGAGAAGAAUGACAGUCCCCCAAAAGAGGCGGGCAAGAGGACAAGGAGAGGGAGGCUGGGCUGGUUAAAGCCAUCUGGGAAGCAGCCUAGCAUCUUCUCAAAGUUCCGCAGCAUGGGAAGAAUUACUUCACAUGUAGGAGGGAGAGGGGAGACCAAGGAGAAGUCCGAUUGUAAUGUCCAAGAGAAGCAGGAGAAGGAUACCUCAGAGAAUGAGAGUAGAACUCAAGAAGUUAAACAAAGGCUGGAAAAUAAUAAAGAGCAAUCUGGCCUGGAUGUGCUGAAGUGGAUGUUCCAGGGUCAGCUGGUGCUUCGGACACGCUGCCUGGAGUGUGAGUGUUUCACAGAGCGCAGAGAGGACUUUCAGGACAUCAGCGUACCUGUGCAAGAGAAGGACAAUAACUCCUCUGACUCUGACAAUUCUCAGAUUUCUCCAGAUCCCAAGCCUGAGCUGAAAACUCUGAAGUGGGCCAUAUCUCAAUUUGCAUCUGUGGAGCGGAUUAUGGGUGAAGAUAAAUAUUUCUGCGAGACCUGCCAUCACUACACAGAAGCUGAAAGAAGUCUUCUGUUUGACAAAACACCAGAAGUCAUCACAAUCCACCUGAAAUGCUUUGCUGCCAAUGGCUCCGAGAUGGAUCCUUAUGCUGGCCUUUCCAAGGUGAAUACUCCUCUGCAGACCCCUCUCAAGCUUUCCCUACACGAGUGGUGCACUCGGCCUGAUUCUCCAGACCAAAACCAUCAAUAUGAGCUCUUCGCCGUGGUCAUGCACAGCGGAGUAACCAUCAGCAGCGGUCACUACACCACUUACAUUCGCAUGAUGGAUCUCCAUCGCACACCUCUCAGGCUUCAGUCUCAGGAUGAAGAUCAGGACCAGGACCAAGACCGAGAGGAAGACACGAAGCAGAAGAAAGAGGAGGUACCUCAAACGGAGUACGAUGAUGGCGAGGUGUCCUUCAGCUUGCCUGGCAGAGGGCGAAAUGUGGCCAGAGUCAGCACGACAACAAGCACGUCCAGCAAAUCAGGAAGCAAGAGGUCCUCCGAGGGCGUUGGGCUUUUAGGAGGACAGAGAAGCGUCACCAGUUACGAGCUCAGCAACAGCAAUCAAACCAAUCCAGAGAAGACUUCCAGCUCAGCCGGUCGUGUCGCUGGUUCUUUGCUUCCGAAUGCAGUCAAGAAAGAGGCAGAGGAAGGAGUCGAUGCUAUGGGCGAUGGGACCGAGGUGACUUUUGACCUUGCUCUGCGAAACCUUUUGGACUUUGAGGGAAAGUGGAUGCUUUUUGAUGACUCCGAAGUGAGACUCUUUGAAGAAGAGGACUUCCUCAGAGCCUGUUCCCCUGAGACAUGCUCCACCUCAACGCCUUACCUGCUCUUCUACAAGAGAGUCUCUCAGUAAAAACAAGCUGAUGGGUAACAAAGUGUUAGUGGUAAGACUAAAAGUACGUUUGCAGGCAACUGGAAAAGCAAGUGAGGAUGUGUUAUUAGUCGAUGUGUAUGUUUGAGUAACAAGUGUCAGUGAAAAGCCGAAGUGAAUCUUUCAAGGCCAUGACAUUUGUUUUGUCUAUCUUCUUGUUCAGUGAGUCGGUGUAAUCAGCUUUUCAGAGAUCUUCAUGCAGACGCACCUUGGCACUUACUGUAGUGCACGUGACCAUUUUCAUAUACUUUUCAAGCAUUCCAUAGAAGCUCUAAAGAAUAGCACAAAACGACUUCUUGUGCGUUGAAAUUUUAUAUAUUUUUUUAUAAGAUCGAUUCUUGAUUGUUUGGGUUUGUCUCAAGUAUAAAUAAAUUUUUGAUGUCCUUGUUUUGGAGGGUAUUACAAAUAGCUUAAAAUAGCUUUUUUUUUUAUACUAGAAAGCACAGGCAAUGUGUUUUGUUCCUUGCUUCAGACUAUUUGCACACAGAAUCAAAUUUAGUUUGAAAGGUGGGCAACCUCGAAAGUAUAAUUUGCCUAUAAAUGACCGCAGGGAUAAAGUGACCUAUUUUUCUAGGUUUGUAGUUUAUCAGCCAUACCUCAGUCCAGUCUAAGAAGCUUUUCUUCUCAUGUUGUGAGCAGGCCCUGCUGUUACACCAAGAUUUCUGAGCAAUAAAUAGAACAAUUCACGGGAAUCUCUUGCGUUCUGAGGCAGGGAAAAUGUAAAUAUUUUUCUAUCACUUGGUUAUGUAGAUUGUUAUUUGCCACAUUAAAAUACCAACAUGUUAAAAAAAAAAAAUGUUUUGGAGUUUUUUUUAAUAAGAAACGGGAAUGGGUAUUAGAGUAUUUAUUUAGUAAAAUAUUUAAAGUAAACAAAAGGUACAUAAAACUACAUAAUGCUGAAAAAAAACGUAUCACCUUUUUUGCUUUUUCUGCAAGGAUUAAAUAAACUCUUAAGUUGUACCGUAACUAUUAAAAAUGCAAUGGGAUGAAGUAAAAAAAUUUAA